GCUCAAUCAAUUGUGAGGAUAAUGAUUAUUGCCUCUGUAUCAACGCUUUGUGUAUUCUUGACGACCCAUAUGACGAAACACUACCCAACGGAACACAUAUGUUCAAUGUCACAGUAACAUCGGACCAGCCUCAAGAAAAUGUUUCCAUUCGAAUAUCUCCCAAUUCCGCUGACAAAGAGGCGCAGGAUAUAUUCAGUAUUGAGGGUGGCCAAGUUUUCUAUGAUGGAGGAUUCGACUUUGAGACUAAAUCGAAAAUCAAUUUCGUCAUCGAUUGUAAUGACGGAGAUGGCUGGAGUAGCGGAGUUGAUUCGUUGAGUCAUAAAGUGAGUGUGAGAGACGUUAACGAACACGCACCCUAUUUCGAUGUCAUCAACAUCAUCACUGCCACAAUAGCAGAGAACGCAGAGAUAGGUACGCUGCUGGUGACAGAUGUCAACAUUCAAGCUAUUGAUAAGGACGGAUCAGAUGAGGAAUUAAGUUACAAUAUCUCAGAUGACGUGCCUUUUCAAGUAACUUCUGGUUGCCAAUCUGGUCAAGUGUUUCUACUUUUGAAUGACGAGAUAGACUAUGAAACCCAGAUGUCGUAUAAUUUUACAUUGAUAGUAAAGGAUGGGACCCCCUGUUCUAGUGGAUUUGACCCAAAAGAAGGCAACGUUACCAUCAUGGUUCUAGUUAAUGAUACAGAUGACCAACAACCGGUAUUCAGCCGGGAUAAUUAUGACGUCACAAUUCCCGAGAGAGAUUCGUCGUUUGUUUAUACGGAUAUAUCAGCCACGGGUGGCGACACCCUGAACACGCCUCUUCAGUACAGCUUUAUUGGACAAAGUGGGGAUUGGGGAUGCUUAGACUAUCUCGCGAUUGACCCAGACACCGCUGAAGUGACCCUAAAGAAGGAACUUGAUUACGAGACAUCUUUGGAACCCUGCAUAAUUACCAUACAGGCGGUGCAGCAGAACAAUUGUGAGAUGGUAGGACAAGCGAACUUAAGCGUGACAGUCGCAGACGUCAACGAAUGUCCGAGUUUCAUCUCGGAUAGCUACUCUGGACAACUGACAGACGCAGACCCCUUCGUGAUCGUCGAUGACGGGAGCGAACGGCUGAUCAUUAGCAUGACCGACGAAGAUUUGACUUUCGUCGGAGAUUACUUUAUUGUCCCUGAUGAUGUAGUUGAGCUGGUUAUGGUGUCUACACAAGAAGGAAGUGAUUAUCCCUCAUUUUACAUCAAAUUUUUGGAUACGGAAACAAUCACCGAUGAUACAGAACUACAGAUUUAUCUGAGUGAUAACACGACAGAUGUGGAGUGUGACGAUUCGGUUACGAACGUCACUGUGCAGCUAACGCCCGACGGAUUGGCGCCUAACUUUACUGAAAGCCGUUACCGUGGAGAAGUAGCGGAAAAUGCAACGGAUGGUACAGAAGUUGUUCAGGUGGAAGCAACGAAUUCUGACGUGACCUCUGAGGGGAUCGUUUAUCGUCUGCAAAUGGCAUCAGACGGUGGGGAGAAUGUCUUCGGUGUCGAUGUCGAUAGCGGUGUCGUAUCCGUGGUCGAUGGCACCGACUUAGAUGCGGAAACGGUUCAACAAUACACGCUACUUGUCGAAGCGGUUGAUCAGAGAGGAACAUACUACAGGUCCAGUAUCGUAUCCGUAAUCAUUGAAGUGAUCGAUAUCAACGAGCAUGUACCAAUGUUCCCCAAUGACGAUAUGGACGUCAAAAUCGAAGAAGAAGUACCAAUCGGGUUUCCAAUUAGAACUUUACAGGCCAACGAUUCUGAUGUUGAUGCUAUUCUUGAAUACUCCAUCUCGGAGCCUGAUGUUCCAUUUCGAAUAGAUCAAAAAACAGGAGAAAUGUUUACGGAUGGUGAACUCGAUCGUGAUGAAGGGCCAUCAACAUACAACGUAACUGUCGUUGUCAGCGAUGGACAAAACGUAAACGAAUACGAUUAUAUCUUGACUAUUUCUCUGACUGAUAUCAAUGACAACGCCCCCGAAUUCACCGGAGGGCCGAUCGAGGUGUCGGUGCCGGAAAACACGACAGAUCCGGAAAGUUUGAAAGUUAUUGAGGCCACCGACAUCGACGAGGGGGUCAAUGCCGAGAUCGUUUAUAGUCUCCUGUCUCCUGAUAAUGAUAUUUUCUCUAUCGACAACGAGACGGGAAUGUUGUAUGCAAACGGACCAUUUGACUACGAAACCGUGAGGGAAUACACGCUAGUCAUCAGUGCCUCUGAUACUCGAUUUUCCACUUUAACUACGGUGACGGUAAGGAUCACCGACGUCAAUGACAACGCUCCGGUAUUCACAUCAUCAUGUUCGAUGGUCGAAGUCGAGGAAGACGCCGAUGUUGAUCGCGUGAUCUGUACAGUAGCAGCCGAGGACAUCGAUGAUGACGGGAAUGAUGCCAUCACGUACUCGCUCGACCAGUCCAACGGUAAUGUUCCAUUUAAGAUUGAUCCAACAACAGGUGAAAUAAAAAUCGCGGAGGAAUUGGACAGGGAAUCAGAGAGCAGUUACAAUAUUACAAUUUUAGCAGAGGACGAUGGGGAUCCUCCUCUAUCCAAUAGCACCACUGUCACCGUGGUCGUACUGGAUGUCAACGACAUGGAGCCGGUGUUUGAGGAUACAUCGCUGGAGGUUUACAUACAAAAGGACGAACUAGCUUUCCCACCAGUUCUAAUCUCAAGUGUGAAAGCAACCGAUGCUGACCUGCAUCCGUGGAACAUCAUCCAAUGCGAAAAGACGGGCGGAGAAGAUUCCUUCGUCGUUCUUACUGGUCAAGAUGGUGCUUGUGAGGUGUAUGCCUAUAAGGAGCUUGACAUAUCGCCCGACCCGUACUUGGUCACUUUCUACGCCUUCAAUCCGGAUAACCGAGACCGUCGCUCUGAGAACGUGACGUUGAGCGUGCAUAUCCGAGAAACAGUCUGCUUCAUUACAUUCGUGAAUGAGGACGAGUAUGACGUCACUGUUUUGAAGAGUGAGCUGGAUUCAAGCGUGCCUCUUAAUCUGCCGUUGAAUGUCACAAGCAACUGUAAUGAAGAUGACGUCAUGUUUGCCCUAUUAAGUCAAAGAUAUCGUAAAGAUAAAUUGGCUGACGAGUUUUUGCCAGCUGAGAAUUUCACUAUCGACCCCAUGACUGGAGGAAUUUUCCCUACCGACAAUGUAAUGGAAGGGGAACAUAUUUUGCUUGUGAGUGCAUAUAACAUGUCUGACAGUGAGGUGAACGAGACAACAGAGGUGCGUAUAGUUGUCACUGGAGAAAAUACCCCACCAGAAUUUACGAAAGAAAAAUACUUUGCCAGCAUCACCACAGAUUCUGAGUCCAUGAUCGUAGUCAUUGAACUGGAUGGAGAGGCCAGUGAUGACGAUUACCCCAGUUUUGGCAAUGGAGAAUUGAGAUUUGAGAAGGGAAAUGAGACGUCAGAGGACUUCGAAACGGAUUACUUCGCAGUUAGCCCGACAGGCCAAGUGACCACAAAAUCAGAUAAGCUCAACGAAAUGAACAAUAGAAUAUUUGAGUUAGUUGUAAAGGUGAUCGAUGGCGGCAAAGAGCCCCUCAGUGACACUGCUGUCGUGGUCAUCGAUGUCGACAUCGAUGAAUCCAACCCUAUCGUCAGUCCACCGAUGAUUACCACAGACUGCAGUAAUCGAGUGGAAAUAGAAGAGGAAAUGCCUCAUCCUGUUGCUAUAUGUAAUGUUUCCGGCUCCUCGGAUUACGAUGGCGAAGUUAUCUUUGGUCUGCAUUCUUCUUCGGCCGGAUAUUUCAACAUUAGACAUGAUUCGGGUGCGAUUACGACAAAGCACACAUUUGAUUACGAGAAUGACGACCACUCAUACACGGUUCUAGUUUAUGUUGAAGGAACGACGUCUAAACUGCGCAACUAUACAUCCAUCGACGUCACCAUAACUGAUAUCAACGACAAUGCGCCUGAUUUUUCUGAAGGCGAAUUGGGGUUCUCAAUGGAUGAAGAUGACCAUGGUGCAGAAAACUGCACUACCCGCGUUGGUUUAAUCCAAACUAAAGAUAUUGACUCGGAGGAAAACCAGAAAGUGACGUAUGAAACAGAUCAUGUCGACUUUGAAGUACAAGAAAAUAUCCUUACGGCAGUAACGUGCAUCAGCCGUAACGACGUUGAAUACUCGACCGGGGAGGUCGAGAUAAAAAUCACCGCCGUUAACGCCGGAACAACCCGCAAUCAAACCUCAAAUGCAAUCAUCACCAUCAUGAUCGAAGACCUGAAUGACUACGCUCCGGUCUUUAAAAAUGACGCGGGCGAUUUUAGGGUCACUCUCGUAGAUCUAUCCGAAAUCCAGGUUGUUUUCCAGAGUGAAGUCGUCGAUGAGGAUAAGGGGCCAUACAACAAUCAAACAAUGUUCAGUUUGGCUGAUGAUCAGGAUGAUUUGAUCUACUCACUGUUCCAAAUGUCGUCAGAUGGGAAUUUGACAACGCGAAACAGUAGCGCCAUUAAAGACGAUUACCAGCAGGAAUUGUAUGAAGUACAAAUUGUUGCAAAAGAUAUGGGCCAACCACCUUUAAGUUCAUCAAAAAUUGUCAAAGUCUAUGUGGGCAAUUUUGAUUUGACCGAGCCAUAUUUUCCAACUGAAGACCGAAUUUAUCCGAUUGAAAUAGAAGAGAACAGUGAGGAAUCCUGCCAUGAUUUCCCCAUACCUCUGACGUGUAAUGACACAGACGUCGUGGUAAUAUACGAACUCGACGCCGAAAACGAUGUAGGAGAGGAGAUUGAUGAGAGUCUUUUCUUUUAUGUUGACGAUGAGAACAACUCUCUUUGUAUCAAGGAAUUGGAUCGUGAGAAAAGUUCUUUGUACACGGUAACCCUCACUGCUUCAUAUGACUCUAACGCUUGUAACACAUCUAGCAGUGUGACCAGAAAACGGAGGGCUGCAGAAGUUCCCUCGAACACUAUUGUUUUUAACAUCACCGUAACUGAUACGCUAGAUAGCCCGCCCUCUAUCGAGUUUCCAGGCUUCUCGAUGAGGUCAUCCUUCUAUCUGGCGGCUAUUGAUAACUUGCAGAUCGGAAGUCCUAUUUACACUGUUUCUGCAACAGACGAUGAUGCUACUUGGAAUUUCGAGUUCACACUAAUCAAUAUUGACGACGGCGAUGAUGGACGCCCCAAGAACACCAUUACCAUCAACCCCAGCACGGGUCAAAUCGUUACGAACGGCCCGCUCUUUCCGUGGAUCGGUGACACAGAUAACUGGGAAUGGAAAGGGGCGAAUUUUCCAGCGGAAAGAACGCAGGACCGUUACAAUUUGACGGUUUGUGACAUCAGUCCUAACAUCACGGAUGCACAGUGCAGUAACACGACACAGUUGACGUUCAAAAUUCUUCUGUCUUUUGAGCACAUCAUCAUUCGUUUUAACAAACCAGUUGCCUCUAUUCAGCCUCAACAGAAUGAUAUUCUAAGAUGUAUCAUGGAGAAAAUGAACCCCGAGAAAGAGCUAGAAAUCACGCUCCAGUUUCUCUCAGUCGGAAUGGAAAAUGGUAUAUCACAUCCUGAUGAAAAAGUGACAGAUAUGUGGGUGUAUGGAGUCGAUCUGUCAAGGCUACCGGAAUCUCCUUAUCUUAAGUUUGAGGAAUUCGAGGAGCUGUGGGUUAAUACUGAUGGACUGGACGAAUGCGUGGAUGAUGCUGAAAUGACGAUAGCACGCCUUCAACUAUCAAAGAUCCUGCCAGAGGUGGCCAGGACAUCGGCCAUUGAGGCCUGGGUGCCCAUCGCCCUUGGCAUCAUCAUCUUCAUUGGAAACCUCAUCUGCAUCAUUCUACUUAUAAUAUCAUGGAGGAAUAUGCAGAUAGAGAGUGGGAAGGAAAUUGCACGGGAGCUGACCAUUCGUGACGAGGAUAGACUCGAGAAAGGCAUCACUAAUCCAGCUUAUGACUUUCAUGAAAUCAAUGGUGAUGUUGAGAUCAUGGCUUCUGAGGCAGUGGAAAGUGCAACAGGUUCUGAAGAACCAUUGAUCACAAAGGUUUAUCUAACCGAUGGAAAGACUCAAUCGACUAUCGCUAUGACAGCUACAGAUGACCCUAAAGAUGUAGAGAAAGCAGUUGGAACUGAUGAUGAUAUUCUGUUGCUCCCGGUACCACCUCCCAACAGAGAUUAUGAUUCUGACGAGGAAAUGAUGAAUGUCUACCCCUUUGAUGAACCCGACGAAGGAUACGAAUUCAAAGUAGAUAUUGGCGAAGCCCCAGCAUCACCCACCAUUGAAUCACCUCCAGAAAACCCAGUUCUGAUACCAUUGGCUGAUUAUGAUUCAGAAGACACAAAAGACAAAGAUGGAACGAAAGAUGAACUGAAGAUGGAAGAUCAAGAAGAGAGUUUGGGCUCUAAACCGAAACCGCCACCUGUUGCACCUAAACCUACCGAUCAAACUCCUAAGGAGCCAAAUGCAGAGAUUGAUUCCUUGAUGGCUGAAGACAGAGGUCAUCAUGAUGAUGAAGCCAAUACAAAAACAGCCCAAAAUGAAGAUACGCCUGACUCCGCCAAGUCCCUUAAUGAUCCCUCGUCUUUGAUCGAGCCGUUUCCACCAGUUGACUACCAAACUGAAACCACAAAUACAGAGGACAAAGAGCAGAGUCCUGCUGUUGAACAUGACAAUACUAACAUUCCACCACCACCACCACCACCCCCAAUGCCUUUAGUCCAAGAAGUGCCUCUGGUUGAUGAUCAGGUCCAAGACCAUUCGCUUCCUCCGCCGCCACCGCCUAUAGUUCAACCUAUUGUCCCGCCUAUUGAUUAUGCUGAUGGAAAGACUGUGACCUUUGGUGGGGAGACUGUGGUCGGAGAAGGCGCAGGAGACGGUGGGAGUACCACAGACCUGGAGACGGCCAGCGAGGCAAGCUCUCGAAGUGCCACUACGGAGGAAAGUUCACCCAAACUACAACCAUCAAGGAGCCGUCCUCCUUUCGCAUCUGAAAUUGAACUAGUCGCUGCCUCCUUCAAUGGUGCCGUCUAUCCUCGUUCUAGGAAAGAAAAUCCUGAGUUGUUGGCAUCUCCUCAAUCUACCUGUGAAUCAGAUGGUGAAAGUAUUGGGUACCUGGAAGAUGAGUCCCUGAUCAGCGUUAGUGAGAUUGGGACAAGCGGGAUUGGGGUUACACAACUCUAGUUACUUCGCAGUUAAGGCCAAUAAAAUUGUGCUUGACAAUACAAUACUUGAUCAAUGUCCCGUUACUACAUUCCUACUGUGUAUUAUGUGAUAGAUCUUAUCCCAUAGAGUGACCUAAUGCCCAUCUAGUGUUUCUUAUUGUUAUUGUUUUUUUUUAAACAAUACAAACGUGUUA